AUGUCCGUUCAAAUGCCUGUCCACAACACCGAGAAACCCACGGAUUCCCUGGAAGCGCACGUCAGAGCCAUCCUGGAGGCACUAGGGGAAGACCCUGACAGGGAAGGGCUGGAGAACACGCCGGCGCGAGUGGCCAAGGCCUGGACUUUCUUGACCGGCGGCUAUCGCGAGGAUCCGGACAAGAUCAUCAACGGCGCCCUGUUCACCGAGGACUAUCAGGAGAUGAUCGUCGAGAAGGACAUCGACUUCUAUUCUCUCUGCGAACAUCACAUGUUGCCUUUUCACGGCAAGGCCCAUGUGGGCUACAUCCCGCGCAAAAAGAUCGUCGGCGUUUCCAAACUCGCGCGGCUGGUGGACGCAUACGCCCGCCGCCUGCAGGUCCAGGAACGCCUGACGAACCAGAUCGCCCAUACCAUCAUGGAUCGUAUCAACCCCUUGGGGGCGGCGGUGGUCAUGGAGGCCGAGCACAUGUGCAUGCGCAUGCGCGGCGUUCAGAAACAGAACUCCACCAUCGUCACGAGCGCUCUACUGGGGGCCUUCCGUACACAGGAGAAGACUCGCGCCGAGUUCAUGAACCUCAUUCGCGGUCACGCCUCCUGA